AUGGGAUUCAAACGCCCUUUCGAUGAUGAGAAGUUUCAUGAGCUCCCGUUCAAACAUUCUAGACAGCUUGGCUUUAGUGAUAAGUCGACGCAGUUUGAAGAGUUUAUUCCACGACAUGCUGUUUCGCAGAAACCUCUUGCCACGGUGAACGAGGUAGAUCUCUUACAACCUCAAGGAGAUGAAACCUUUGAUGAAGAAUCCAGUUUUGUUUACUAUGGCCAUGGCAUGGAUGGUUGUUUUGAUCCGGUCAUGAAAGAUUUCCACGGAAAAGACUCAGCUCACACUCCUCAUUCUACAAGCUAUUUUGAGCUCGGUCUUGUCCCUCCAAGACCAUGUUCUCCUGUUGAGACUUUGUAUUCUUUCCUCUUGGAUCAGCCUGCUAGAAAGCAAGUGCCCAUCGGACCAGAUCAUCAAGCCAUGAUUCCUGAAUUUGAAGGUUGUCAUGGGAGCCUAGAAGCUUCAGACACGUCGAAGCUAUCUGGUACAUGUGUGGUUCCCUUGCCGGUUUUGGAUUUGCCUGAAAAUGUGGAUGGUAUCAUAGGGAAGGGUAGAGAGUCCUGUGUCUGUCAUGACAGGGGUUCUAUAAGGUGUGUGCGCCAGCACGUCAAAGAAGCUAGGGAAGAAUUGGUUAAGGUGCUUGGUUUUGAGAAAUUUAGAGAGCUGGGCUUCUGUGAAAUGGGAGAAGAGGUUGCAAAGAGAUGGAGCGACCAAGAUGCAAUACUUUUUCAUGAGGUUGUUUACUCCAAUCCUGUGACGUUAGGUCGGAACUUUUGGAGGCACUUGGAAGCUGCCUUCUUUUCCCGAACUAAUCACGAGAUUGUUAGCUACUACUUCAACGUUUUUGUCCUCAGACGAAGGGCCAUCCAGAACAGGUCUUUGAUACUGGACGUUGAUAGUGACGAUGAUGAAUGGCAUGGAGGUUAUGGAUGUUCUUUGGGUCCUCAAUACGUUGAGGAAGAUGAAGAAGAAGAAGAAUCUGCUAUUGAAUCUCCUCUUCAUCAAGGUACUGACAAGUUCAAUGAGAAAGUGCAUCCCUUCCAUGAAGAAGAAGGUGAAGAAGAUGUCAGUGUUAGUGACAAUGAUUAUGUGGAUACCAGAGAAGGUGGUGCUGAGCAUAUGGAUAGAUUGUCCGGGUGCAAUGAGGAGAGAAUGAACGUGGAAGAUGACUCAUAUACGACCUAUGAACUUGCACAUGAUGCGUUGAACUCUGUCUGGACGAACUGUACAAAGAAAGACGAGACAGGUAUUGAAGAGCAUGAGAAGAAGUCGAAGGAGUGCAGUGAUCCGAUGUACCCGAAAGUGUCAACAAAUGGCAAAGAUCUUCAACCAACACGGAGCAUUAUGGAGGAGAUAUUUGGCCAUGGAUCCUGGGGAAGCAAGUAA